AUGAGUAAAGUUUUGGUUGUUUUUGGGGCCACGGGUCAGCAGGGCAGUUCUGUCGUUUCAUAUGUGAAAGAGAGAAUGUCCGAUAAGUUCAAGGUUCGUGCUAUUAGUCGUGAUCCAUCUAAGCCGGAAGCGAAGGCUCUUCAAGAAUCCGGCGUAGAGGUUAUCAAGGCAGAUCUCGGUGAUAAACAGUCAAUUAAACAAGCAUUUAAGGGAGCAGAUACUAUUUUUGCGAUGACUGCGUUAAGUUUCGGGGAACAGAGCGAGUUGGAACAGGGGAAAACCAUUGCGGAUGCAGCAGUAGAGGAAAAGGUUCCAAAUAUCAUUUGGAGUACCUUGCCCAGUGCAAGCAAAAUUUCAAACGGAGAAUUUACCCAUGUUGUACAUUUCGAUGAAAAGGCCCAAGUUGAGAAAUACAUCCGUAGCUUGCCAAUUAAUAGCUCGUUCUUUUCUCCUGGUUGUUUUAUGCAAAAUAACAAUGUUCAAGCCGCAACCAGUAGGAGAUGA